AGUUAGUCAGUCAGCCAGUCCGUCCUCCUACCUACUUGACCUCCUUCUCCAACUCCAACCAUGACGUCCUUGUCGUCUUCUCUCUACACAGCUGCAUCCUUUCUCUGUUUUGCCAUCAUUCCCAAGCAUGUCAAAGUUGGUCUCACACUAAUCCCGAAGGCGAUUGAGGCGAUUCCAGCCACGGAGGAAUUUACUCUGGCGAAGGCGAUCAUCCCCGCCACCUGGCAUUUUGUCAACGGCUACCUAGUGACGCUUGGCCUCCUGAAUUACAGGUGGGCUCGCUCUGGAGGCCCUACCUCGACGGCUGAACAGUGGAUGGUCGGGGCCAACGCGCUAGCUGGGGCCCUCGUUGGCGUGCGAUACUACAAAGCUGGUCUUAAUAUUGGGUUGUUGGUCUUGUGGCUUGCUCCUAGUCUGAGUAUUGCUGCCGGACUUCUCUGAAUCCGAGCAGGCUUGUCACGAGGACGUUAUGUAGUCAGAGGGCAGUCAUAGCGGGGGCAAGUUGAGAGGCAUAAUAUCAGAAACAUAGAUGAGAAAUGAGAGAUAGUGGGAUGUUUGAAU